AUGUCGUUCCAUGUAAGUAGUAGUUUGACAAAACACAAGCGAAUACACACUGGAGAAAAACCGUACCCAUGCGAUGUAUGCAACAAUUCGUUCUCUACCAGUGGCAGUUUGACAGUACACAAGCAAAUUCACACUGGAGAAAAACCAUACGCGUGCGAUGUAUGCAACAAGUCGUUCUCUACCAAUGGCAGUUUGACAGUACACAAGCGAAUUCACACUGGAGAAAAACCAUACGCGUGCGAUAUAUGCGAUAAGUCGUUCUCUACCAGUGGCAGUUUGACAGUUCACAAGCGAAUGCACACUGGAGAAAAACCCUACGCAUGCGAUGUAUGCGACAAGUCAUUCUCUACCAGUAGCAGUUUGACAAAACACAAGCGAAUACACACUGGAGAAAAACCGUACCCAUGCGAUGUAUGCAACAGUUCGUUCUCUGGUAGCAGUGAUUUUACGAGACAUCGACGAAUACACACUGGUGAAAAACCGUUCUCAUGCGAUAUGUCACAUGUAUGUGACAAGUUGUUUAGCAAAAGUACCAAUUUGACGAGUCAUCGACGCACACACACUGGCGAAAAACCAUACCCAUGCGAUGUAUGUGACAAAUCAUUCUCUGGAAGUAGCAAUUUGGCGAGACAUCGUCGUACACACACUGGAGAUAAACCGUACGCGUGCGAUGUAUGCGACAAGUCAUUCUCUACCAAUAGCAGUUUGACGGGACAUCGACGCACACACACUGGCGAAAAACCAUACCCAUGCGAUGUAUGUGACAAAUCAUUCUCUGUAAGCAGUCAUUUGACGAGACACCGACGCAUACACACUGGUGAAAAACCGUACGCGUGCGAUGUAUGUGACAAGUUGUUUAGCAAAAGUACCAAUUUGACGAGACAUCGACGCACACACACUGGUGAAAAACCAUACCCAUGCGAUGUAUGUGACAAAUCAUUCUCUGUAAGCAGUGAUUUGACGAGACAUCGACGCAUACACACUGGUGAAAAACCGUACGCAUGUGAUGUAUGUGAGAAGUCAUUCUCUGGAAGUAGCAAUUUGGCGAGACAUCGUCGUACACACACUGGAGAUAAACCGUACGCGUGCGAUGUAUGCGACAAGUCAUUCUCUACCAAUAGCAGUUUGACGGGACAUCGACGCACACACACUGGCGAAAAACCAUACCCAUGCGAUGUAUGUGACAAAUCAUUCUCUGUAAGCAGUCAUUUGACGAGACAUCGACGCAUACACACUGGUGAAAAACCGUACGCGUGCGAUGUAUGCGACAAGUCAUUCUCUACCAAUAGCAGUUUGACGGGACAUCGACGCACACACACUGGUGAAAAUCCGUACGCAUGCGAUGUAUGUGAAAACUGGUUCAGCCAAAGUAGUGGUUUGGCGAUUCAUCAGCGCACGCACACUGGUGAAAAACCAUACGCUUGAUGUAUGCGAAAAGUUGUUUAGUAAGAGUGGCAGUUUGACGGCACACAAGCGAACGCAUAUAGAACACUCAUCGGAUUGAUCAAAGAUAAAUGAUCCAUGGGCCAUAUUAAAAUAGUAUAAACCUUGAUAACAUAUUAUUAUGACAGCACUGUCAAAGUGUUAAUUUUCUCAUGUAGGUACAUAGUUUUUCUCAAUACUAAAUUGCCAAUUUUCCAUGUGCAUAAAUAAAUUCUACAUUUUGUAUGGUUUUCAAUGUUUAAAAUACUAAUCAUUUUUCAAUUUUUUAUUGAAAACAUUGUGUAAUUUGGAUUUUAAAAAUAUUGUCAAGUUAAUUAUAUUUGGAGCCCAUCACACCAGGGGAAUGGGGAUGUUUAUGUACCUAAUAUGAACGAAUCAAUUUUGAUCGUAUUGUUGGUUCAAAAAUUAUCAUUUGAGGCGUGACAUCAACGCAUUUUUUUUUAUCAUUGAAUAAUCAAUACAUUCAUCAUUCCACUUAAAAUUUAAAAUAUGGUAAAAUAGGACAUUUUACAAAAAAAUACUUUUUGAAAAAAAUCGAUUUUCUUAUUUUUGUUAUAAUUUUGAAAACAAUAGAUACUUGAAAUGUUCAACGAAUAUUUCUGCUGUAUUCAUAUUUGGGCCCUUAUUACAAUUUUUAGUCGCAGCAGUGAGGCGUAUAAUGGACAAAAAUACUGGUCACUACCAUCAUGGCCAACGUUAUUUUCUAUUAUUAUUAUCAUUAUUAUUAUUAUUAUUAUUAUUAUUAUUAUUAUUAUUAUGUGCAUACGGUCUCCCGUAUACGCUGCCACCGCCAAAGUCCUAAUCAAAAUUCGAAUAUGUCUGUGCGUAAUGAAUACUUCUCAUUUAAUAGAAACGUCCCGAGACGAGGGUUGGCGUGUAUACAUAAUAUUAUUACGGGCACCCGACAAAUGCGCGCGAGUUGUGAUGAAAAGUCGUAAACGUAGGUAGGUAUACAUUAUUUUAUGUUUAUAUUUAUCGGCCUUUGCCUCGAAUCGCAUAUAAACACUGCAUUGCGUACCUAUAUAGGCUAUACAUCAUAUUAUUAAAUAUAUACGACCGUCCGUCGUCGCUUCUACGCGAGCACUCAAACACACCAAUAGUGAAUUUUUAUGUUCUACAGUUGAGAAGAAUCGUACGGUUUUUUUCAAAACCGUAAUCAUGAAUAUUUUUCAAUCCGAUACGGCGUGGAUUUUUGUUUUCGGGCGUGAAGUACAAAAUAAACAUAAUAAUAUACUGUGCGCAAUUUCUAUGCAUAUACAGUGUGUAACUGUAAACAUUUUUAAUUUUGCUGUGAUAUCGACUGCAAUGUAAUCGUACCAAAUUUUGGACAAAACUGAAAAAAUCAAUUUCACGUGGACAUAUAAUUUGGUGGUCUUCCGUGGACAGUGAUUUUAGUUCACAUGGAUCGACGAUUGAAAUUUAAAAUUUAUUGAAGGGUAUUCAUCUGUAGGUACAUACUACCGUUUUGUAUAUAUUCAAUAUAGGUAGAUACGAUUUUUAGUCAUACUGUAUAUGGCAGAGGGUUAAAAAAUGGCGACCCUUGGACGAAGUAUAAUAUCUGGC